UUUGGGGUCAACUGGGUAAUACUGUAGAACGACAAAAGAAGACAGGCGAGAUUCGCUUUUUUUUGCGUGAGGCCAAUUUUCCAUUAAUUUUGUGAGUUUUUGCGGGACGGAAAAGUAUGCGAUAGAGUGCAGUGGUGAGUGCGAAAAGUGAAUUCAACAGUGGCAAUAUGACAUCGAGCAGCAUUGAGGUGGAAUACGGGGAAAUCAACAAGAAAGAAAACGGAUGGUCCCAGGCUUUCCAGACCAUCAAGGAUAAAUGUGAACUGGAGGCCAAGCAGAAACAAUUCACACUCGAUGAAUCAAAGAGUAUUUCCAAUAGAAAGUACAACCGUUACAGAGAUGUCAAUCCCUACGAUCACUCCCGGAUUGUCCUUCAUCGCGGUGACACCGACUACAUCAAUGCCAAUCUUGUUAAGAUGGAACGAGCAAACAGGAAGUAUAUCCUCACGCAGGGACCUCUUCAGCAGACUGUCUCGCACUUUUGGCUAAUGGUGUGGGAACAGGACUCGAAAGCAAUACUAAUGUUAAAUAAAUUAGUUGAGAAGAAGCAGGUCAAAUGUCACCUGUACUGGCCAGAGAAGAUUGGCGAGGAGCAUCGGAUGAAUUUAACAGAUGUCGGCCUCAUUGUUGAGUAUUUGAAAGUGGAGGAAUUUGUGAAUUUCUCCAUACGCACCCUAAGACUGACAGAUAUGGAAUCCACGAAAUCCCGCGAAAUCUUGCAGUUUCACUACACAACAUGGCCCGAUUUUGGCAUUCCCAGCUCACCCGUGGCUUUCCUGCUAUUCCUCAAGAAGGUACGCGAAUCGGGGGCACUCGAUGACAACGUUGGACCCCCUGUUGUACACUGCAGUGCCGGUAUUGGGCGUUCCGGGACAUUUUGCCUCGUUGAUUGCUGCCUCGUGCUGAUUGAGCGCGAAGGUGAGAACAAGGUAUCAGUGCAGGAUGUUCUCCUGGAACUCCGACGCUUCCGUAUGGGCCUCAUUCAGACCGUUGAUCAACUUUAUUUCUCCUACCAAGCAAUUAUUGAGGGUAUUAAACGCCUCAACAAUCCUAAUGACGAUGAUUACGAAGAAGUGGCAGUGAUUCAGCAGCAAGAAGAUGAAGAGAAUGGUGAACAAGCACCACCGCCGCUUCCACCGCCACGAGUUGAUUCCCUCCAUAGUGGUGGAACACCUGCAAAACCAUUGCCUUCAGUUCCUGCCGAUGAUAAUGGGGAGGAUGCGCUGCCGGUGAAUGGGAAUAAUGCCGAUGGGGGUGUGGAGAAUGGGAUUGGGAAUGUGGAUCGUCCGCUACCUCCGCUGCCGCGUGAUAAUUCGCUGGAGAAGGUGGAUGAGUCGCAGAGUGAUCAUGAUUCGUUGGAGGAUGAGGACGAGGAUGAAUUGGCGGAAGAUGAGGCUGAUGAGGAUGAAGAUGCCGAAAUGAGGGAUGAUGAUGGCACGGAGAAGAAUGGCUUGGACAACAGCAAUGAUUCAUUCAAGUCUGAUGAGAAUAUUGACAAUAGUCAAGAGGAGGCUCUACUGAGACGUAGGAAGCGACAGGAGAGGCAGGACGCCAUGGCGGAGAAAGUGCGCGAAAUCAAGCGGAAGCAGAAGAUGAGUGAAGAGUCUUCGCCGAAAAAGCGCAGGACACCGAGCAGUUCGCAAAGCAAAAGCGAGAGGGGUAAAUAGAGAGAAGGGGGCAGUGAGGCAAAUGAGGGAUAUAAAAUGAGAAAGAAAUAAAGAUUUUUAUGAAGCUGCUCUGCAAAACAAACGCAAAAGAAAUUUAAGAAGAAACUCAAUUUGCAUUCUCACAGAGUUUUUAGAGAAGAAAGAGAAAAAUUUAUUAUAGCUUUUAGGGGAUUUGUGAAAGAUGAUAAGAAAACAGAGAAGAAAUAUUUUUACCAAUGUAUUUUCCACUAUUUGACCCACAAAAGCAUUACAAAAAAAAAGCGACAAAAGCUUUUUUUCUUUAAACAACAACAAAACUUUUUAAAUUUCAUUAGAGAGAAUUUUUGAAUAUAUUUGUGAGAUGAAAAUAUUUUGUAAUAAUUUGUUAGCAAAGUUAUUUAAAAAAAAAAAGAAGAAGUAUUUUAAUGAAGAUGAAAAAAAAUCACAAGUUAGAUGAGCUUUAGGUGAGAUAGAGAGAAAGAGCAUUAGUUGAGUUAUUUUUCAAUUGUAAUGAAAUUGUGUUUAUUUUUUAAGUUUUUUCUUCAAAGAAAAAAAUUUCCACAGCAUAUUUUCACACCACAAAA